AUGCUGAGUGAUCAAAUAGUCAUACCGAAGAAGAAGAAGGCACUGCCGACGAGUGUGGUGGCUGCGCCUCCUCCUCCUCCUCCUGUCCCCACAGCGGCGGCUGAAGCUCGUACAAAGCGACGGCGGCGAAAGAGCAGACGACGAUCUAUUGAUCGCGCCAGCGACCGACCAACCAAUGACAGAGGUGACGCUACCAAACUAGACAGGUCCAGCUGCUACUCUGCCGCUCGGGGAACCAGUGCCUGGACCCGGCCCGGCGGGGACGAAGACCGGUCUUACUACUACCGGGGGAGGCCCCAACUCGAUAGAUCCGCGACCUUCGAAGAUCGAGACCGCCGGCAACCUACGGAUCGGAGGUACAGCACUGACGAAGUCCAACGCACCACCGACGACCGACGAACGGAAGUCCAACGAAUCGAAGACCGACGAAUCGAAGACCGACGAACGGAAGACCGACGAACGGAAGACCGACGAACGGAAGACCGAAAAACAGAUCGCUCAGCUGAAGGUCCCGGAGUCCGCGGUCGGGAUGACGUUAGACAAGACUCCCUAUCUAGACGACAUGACUCUAAGGCUGCCGAAGGCACUGCCACAGGCACGCGGUCUGAAGCAAAAGCGGGAGGCAGCCCUAGGCCAGGACACCGUCCGGAUAACCACCGUGUAGAGACGCAGCGCAGUGAGAGUUUCCGAGCAGAGAGUCACCGUACGGCGGAGGGUCAUCGGACGGCGGAGGGUCAUCGGACGGCGAGGCACGCGCUGGAAAAGCUCUCCACUGAAGACAUUCUCCUCCCGGAUGUACCGUCCUCUUCAAGUUCCGAAAGCGAACGCGCGCCCUUCCCUCGGAACGUGCGGAUUCCCUCCAAGACCCGAAAUAAAGACCGACUGGCCAAGGCGGAAGGAGCUAAGGCGGAUGGAGCCAGGCCGGAGGGAGCCAAACCGGUGGGAGCCAAGCCGGAGGGAGGUAAGGCGGAUGGUACUAGCCAACCGGACGGCGGCGAACAAGAGAACCUGGCGCCCCGCAGAAGACCGACCGACCCGCGAACAGCUGUGAACGCGACUGAAAACAAAGCCUCGGACGGCAAGCCUUCGCGGCAACCACCUGGGACCCGACCGCCGACUCUCAGUCGAUCUCCGGCGGAUGACACGCUCGCCGAACAAUCCAAGCCACCUACGGAACACCUCACCCCCGAACCCCGGUCCAACGUGGGACCGAGGUCUAACACCGCACGACACAAUGACCAGAGCAACCCAGGACGGGGCGACCUACCACGGACGAAGGCGGAGGCUGUCUCGCGACAGGAAGCGUCGCGGCAGGACGCGUCGCGGCAGGACGCGUCGCGGCAGGACGCGUCGCAGCAGGACGCGUCGCGACAGGAAGCUUCGACCAAGGACUUGCUCGAGGAGGAGAGCGCAGCUAGAAACGAAAGGUGUGCACCGCGCGACCAGGUGCACCGCGGGUCUCGGAGCAGUCUCGGUACCGCGGCGCAGCGCCCGAUUCCGAAGAAGACGACCCCUUCUCUUGGCCCGUCGGUCUCUGCCCGCGCUGGCAAUUUGACCACGCCGCCUUUGCCCAAGAUCGAGGGGCCUAAGACGGAGGGGCCUAAGACGGAGGGGCCUAAGACGGAGGGACCUAAGACCGAGGGACCGUCGACCGCGGAGGGAAAGGCUCGUACAUGUUCCAGUUCAGGAGCAUCCUGUUCGGGAAAUAUAAGGAUUUCAGAUUGCGUGGUGCCCAAGAAAUCGAACCGCCAAGAUGCAGAGCGUGGCAAAAAUCGUUGUGGCCCUCCACCACACGCCGAUCCUGUUAAGAACCCGGCCGGCGAUCCUAUUAAGAAUUUGACGAGUAUGGGAUUACAAAACGAUUGUUCGAUUGUAUCGGAGACUUCCGAAUCACAUUCGCAGCCCCCGCCGUCGGCAGCUCCCCAACGUCCGUCCUCAGCUGAGGACGUACCGGCUGAGAAGGCGUCGGCUGUGGGGAGCAACGAACACCGGGCUGACCACAAGCAAGUUGUGUCGCCCCCCGAGAACCGGAUCGUGCCGCAAGUGACUGUGUCUGUGCGGGAGUUCAAGCACAUCACGAUUCCGAAAAAGGCGGCAUCCAGUGCACAUCUCCCUGUCGCGACCCAGCCCCCGGAAUCGGCCCAGUCCUCUCCCGCUGUGCAGCCUCCGAGUCCUCCGGAUACCAAACCGCCUAUGCCCCCCGUCAAAACACCUCCCACCCCCUCCCAGCCCGAGCGGCCCCAGUGCGAAUGGCCCAAGCCCGAACGGCGGCCGAUCGGACACACCUCUACAGUUCCUCCUGAAACCAAGCCGUCAGACGCCAAGCCGUUCCGGAGCGGGUUUUCUACGGCAGUGGAAUCGCUGCGGAGUGGCGCUGCAGCUGGAGUUACCUAUCGCCAGCAGCGGGGCACUCGAACACGAUCUGGCUCGGGCGGCCUCCUCUGCGGCUCCCCUAGGAACCGCGGCGAGGAGAAACAGACGAGAUCAAAACCUCCUCUCUCCGCAUCGCACUCUGCGGCAAAUGUGCCCAUGCGACCUGUGCCUAAGGUGCCCGCCUCAUCGUCCAGUGAGGAAGGCGCCAUUGACGAAGACGUUCCCGACCCACCGCUGCCCAAGUUCGACAACCACACACUGCUACCGCGUAGAACCGAUGUCGGUGGUCCGAGCGGCUGGACCCAACAAGACUCUCAGGACUCCGACGAUAUGGACAUCGAAUUGCCCGACCCUCCCACCUACCCCGCUCCGUCCCCUCCGCCGGCGGCCCUGGCAGAGGCGCCCCCGGCGGCCGUUCCCGAAGCCGCGGCCCCCGUUGUCAUUCCCGCCGUUCAGGACCGGACGAGCAGCAAGCUGAAUUUCAACGUAUUCGCAGAGUCGCAAAACGCUGUGAAGGGAGAGGAGCCUCCUGUGGAGGGAGAGGAGCCUCCUGUGGAGGGAGAGGAGCCUCCUGUGAAGGGAGUGAAGGGAGAGGAGCCUCUGGAGGGAGAGGAGCCUCCUGUGGAGAGAGAGGAGCCUGCUAUGAAGGGAGAGGAGCCUCCGGUGAAGGGAGAGGAGCCUCCUGUGAAGGGGGAGCAGCCUCCCGUGCAGAGGGAAGCGGAAGAAACGGGUGAUCGAACACUGGCUGCAGCAAACGAGGGACCUGCUUCCCUUCAGGGCGAUCGCCUGACGGAGCAGGCUCCGUCACAAAUUUGGGGUGAAAGUUCUCAGGACGUUGAGAACCUGCCUCCGUCCGAAGACGUGGACCAGAACCUUUCUAGAGAGAGAGGUGGACCCCAGAUGGGAACUGGACCCCAGAUGGGAACUGGAGUCCAGAUAGGAGCUGUUACGGAAGAUCCGGAGUCGCCCCAGAAGAGUGUAAAUUUGAACCAGUCCUUGUUGGCGCACGUUGUGGAGCAUGCAGAGCUGUUGGCGACACGGAAGAUCCCGAAGCGUGCGAAGAAGAAGACGGUUCUGUCUGCGCCGGAGACGGAGAUGGGAGAGAUCGUCGAGGCUCCGGCGGAAGCGCUUGUACCGGAGUCCUCCGGCGGGAGUACGUUGAAGCGGGAGGUUGGACGUCGAGUUCGUGAUGUCAGACGCGACCACGCCCCCCGUGACCGCCGAGGAGCCGCAACAACGGGGGCUGCAGGAAUGGGCGUUGUGGGAGCGGGGCCUGUAGGAGCGGUUGAAGAAGGUGCGUUGGAGGAGAGAGCCGCGCCUCUCAAUGAGAACAGGAACGGCCCGGGCUGCUCAGUCGCCAUCGACCCUCUGCUACCAACGGACGACGAAGAACCCCAGGUCGCGGCCCCAGCUGCCAAGUCCCGCAAAACAACAGGCGGAACCAGCCCAGUUGGACCUAAGCUGACUGCAAAGGAGAUGGAACGACGGUUGCAAGCCAAGUCGCAAGGCAAGGUUUCUGAUCAGCCCCCUAAGACACUCAUUCAAGACAACAGGGGGUCUCAAGGCCAGACGAAUAAGACUGUUGUGGAUGGGGCUAAGACGGUGGAUACUGUCAAGGACGUUUCCAGUGUACCGAAGAACAGUGAGUCAGGUAAAGGGAGUGACGUGGGAAAGGGGACGGCUUCCCCCCGUUCGAGACUGCGACAACGUCCGCCGAGGACCAAGAAAACCGCAGCUCAGGCUGCGUCCCAGGACGCGGCGGAGCUAAGCGCCAUGGUGGAGGAGGCGGAAGAGCUUUUGUCGUCGCGCAACAGCAGCCGAAGAUCCAGCUUGGAGUCGGACCACGCCCCAGCUCCCAUGAUGACCCGGAUUAAGGAGAUUGAGGUAAAGGGAUUCCCUUCCCAUCGAGCUCUGCCCAAGACAGUCGCUACGUCUGCGAAAGGUGUAGAUACCAAGAAUCUAGCUGAGGAAAAGCUAGAUGGCAAAUCCACCAUGACCGACCGGAGACAUGCCUUGGACAGCAAGGCGGCCGGGGAUACCAAGGUCGGUGGAGACGCCAAGACGGCCGGCGAGGACACUGCCGAAGAGGACAAGGCAGCUGCUGAGGAUAAGACUACUAUGGAGAGCGACAUCAUGCAGAGUCUUGAAGAGAGUUUAGUGUCGGAGGUAACGAGAGUUGCUUUCCGCUCAUCUCGCCCGAUUCCUACUCGACAGUGCCAGCGAGAAGCAGCGGCACGGAAUGCGGCCAUCCUGCGGACUCUCACGACGGGCACGGAGGAGGAAGACUCAGAAGACGAACCGGUGGGUUCUCUCAGUCAGAGAAAGCCGACUCGGCCGUACCCAGGCGGCGGUGGAAGGUCGCGAAGAGCCGCCAAGACGGAGUCCACGGAGCCAGAACUGGCCUCCACUGCUGCCGUCCGCACUGCAGUCAAGUCCACCGGGAUGAAGUCCACUGCUAUGAAAUCUACGACCAAGUCCACUGCAGUGAAGUCCAUGCCCACUGCAGUCAAGUCUACGUCUACUGAGACGACCACGGCGGCAGACUGCCGAUCCGGUUCGAGUGUAUCGCCUAGUCCACUGCUCCCGACUGCCCCUGACCCUGAAGCUGGAAGGCCAGUGAAAGGUGAACUGCCUGCCGAGAAGUCUCAGAAGAUAGCGUCCGCAGCGAAGGGCACGAGCAAGCCCCGAGUUGAAACGGGGAGAAACGCCUUAGCGUUGAAGGCAGAAGGGUCGGAGACAGAGCGAGGUGUGUCGGAAGAGGGCGAGCUUCUCGACGACCGGCCGGGCGGCGAUAGUGUUCUUGAGCCGCCCCUGAAGACCGAGUCGCCUCGAGAGGUGGUGCCCGAGUCGCCCCGAGAGGCGGUGACCGAGCCGUCCCGAGAGCCGGUGACUGAGCCGACCCAGGAGGAGACGGUGACCGUCGUCGAGCCACCCCAGGAGGCGAUGACCCAGCCCUGCCGGAUGGCGAUGACGACGAUAAAGGCCGAGGAGGAGGACUUGCUCGCGAGCGAAAUCGAAGCGCAUUUUGCAGCAGAAGGUGUUAAAGGGGAGGAAGGGUCUGUGGCGGGGCUGAAGGGCGAGUCGGAGACCACCUUGGGGUCGGAGCCGACCACCAAGGGGUCGGGCAAGGUUCCGGAAAAAGGAAGGUCGGUACGACUGCGGCGGGCGGAAGAGGCGGCCGCGGCGGCGGUACCGCGACUGACGGUCGAGGAACAACUAGCGCAAGCGAAGGCGUUGAUGGAUGCGGAACGUGAGGCGGCGGAACGGGAGGCUGAGCGUGUGGCAGCGGUGGAGGCCGGCGGGGCCGAAAAGGGGAAGUCCAAAACGGGACCGGCGGGACCAAGUCCGGGGUCGGGUGUGGGUAAGACUAAGACGGCGAGCAAGACCAAAGCCGCGGCGUCACGGGAAGACCGGAAGCGGCGACGACUGCCGACUUCAGCCGGGUCGACACCCGCUGGGUCGACAUUGGGCGGGUUGGGGUCGACGCGGAAGAAGGUGGCGGGGAGCAGUCCGAGCGACAGUGAGGACGAGUCGGUGUUGUUGAAGCAGGAGAACACGGAACCCAAGUCGCGGGCUGGCGAAGAGGAACUAGGGGACCCGGGGGACGCGGGGGAGAGCUGGAAAGCGGGGGAGAGCCGGAAAGCGGGGGAGAGCCGGAAAGUGGGGGAGAGCCGGAAAGCGGGGGAGGUGAAAGGGGAGGGGAAGGCAGCACUAGUGGAACACAAGAUGGCGCCGAGGACUGUGACGGCGGCGAAGACGGUGAUGAAGACGGUGGAGUUGAAGAACAGCCGGAAGGAUUUGACGCGGCGACCGGUGGAAACGCGGAAACUGUUGGCAAAGACGGGUUCAAGGAAGCGACCGAAUGAGGAAGACGAUUCCAGCCGCUCGGACGACGGUGAGAGCCAGCCAAGGCGCCGACGAAUUACUCACAAACGCAGCCGGCUGGAAAAUUCGCAGCUGCCGGCCGCCGUCUUCGUCAUGCCCGCGUCGCUCGUGUUCGAGGAGGAAAGUGACACUGACGACCCCCAACCAGCACCUUGGGAACCUGCCUUGAGUUCUGUCGAUGGGAAGUGCCCUGUACUGCUCAACUGGCACACUGACCCACGUGGCGAACGACCGCGGAAUAAACCGUUAGAAAAGACGGAGAAGCCGCGAUCGCAGUCGCUGAUGGUGUGCGGGAUGCCGAUGACUGCGUACGAACAGAUCGCGGAACGGUUCGGCGUGAGCAGUCAGGGUCCAUUGUUGGAUCCGGCGCAGGGCCCAGGGUUGGGCUUGGCGUUGGGUCCCCCGUUGGAGAGGCGCGGAUCUGAGUUUGCCGGUAUGGAGUUGGCGGCUAGCCACUUGUUGAGUGCGAGUCACUUGCUGAGUGAACCGACAUCAGUGACGCCGCGGUCGCCCAAGACGCUGCCGGCGACGAGUCUGGACGACUUGUUGGCUCGACAGCAAAAUCUGAUGGAGGUGCUCUUGGCAGCCACAGAGCCCGCGUUCGAAACCGAUGAUGACAAAUCCGACGCGACCAACUUCAGCCGCCGCAGCUCGUUAGACCGAAUAGACGCCUGUCUCAUGAUGGAUGGCUUCACGCUCGGAGACUCCGUACAAGAAACACACGAAAUGCUCUUCGACGGCCACUCCAGCAUAUCCGCCACCACACUCGAUGCCAUGUUCUCCAAACGGGAAGAAUUUAACAACUACGCCAUCAGCCUCGACCCCCAUUGCGAAACACUCGCCAACUGUCUUUCCGACGACAAUAGCUGUAACUUAGACGUACAAAUCACCGUCACGCGGUAG